AAAGGAAGGGUUUUGAGGGUUUCACAGCUUUUGCACUUUCCUCUUCGUUUUUGUUCUUCUUCACACCCAAAGAUGAAGCUCGUCAGGUUUUUGAUGAAGUUGAACAAUGAAACUGUGUCGAUCGAGCUGAAGAACGGGACUGUGGUCCACGGAACCAUCACUGGUGUUGAUGUGAGCAUGAACACGCACUUGAAGACAGUUAAAAUGAGCCUGAAAGGGAAAAACCCAGUAACACUCGAUCAUCUAAGCUUGAGGGGUAACAACAUCCGCUACUACAUUCUUCCUGAUAGCUUGAACCUGGAGACUUUACUUGUGGAAGACACUCCUCGGGUUAAACCUAAGAAGCCUGUUGCUGGGAAACCUGUUGGACGCGGCCGGGGUCGUGGCCGUGGGCGUGGUCGUGGCAGAGGUCGUUAGAUGCAUUGGAAAAAGGUUUAAGGGAAGAGGAACUCUUGUUGUCUUAGUUUGUAGGAGAAUGUACGGAAUUGUGUAUCUAGCUACUCUUUGCAAAGGAAACAUCUGAUUAAGAAAAAUGGUAUGAUUGAUGCUCUCGUAAGGAAGUUACUAUGUAAUGCUGACUCCAUGGAUAAGAAGCUUUAGAUUUUUCAAGUUAUAAGAGCAUGUACAAGUAUAGAAUUUGCGUGGUUUUUUGGAGCUCAAGGCUUUUUAUUCUCAAGU